AGAGAGAGAGAGAGAGAGAGGUGAUCAUUUCUUUGCGUUUGAUCAUUCAUGGUUUCCUUUCACACACCCAGCUUACCAAGUCGAAGAAAGAUAAUUCAAGGGUUGGAGGAUUCAAUGAAGAAGAGGAAACGAGAGGAGGGGGAUGAUUCAAAAGCUGAAGAGGUGUUUGAAAAGCCUCAAAAUCCCAAAAGCAUGAAAUAUAUAUUCAACACUGAGAUUAACCUCGAGACUCCAUUGCCUUUGGAGUGGCAGCGUUGCCUGGACAUCAAGUCUGGGCUAAUAUACUACUACAACACAACAACCUUAAAAAGGACAUCAAGGGAUCCAAGGGCAAGUCCAGAGCCACCAAGUCCAGGCCACAUGAGCUUAGACCUAGAGCUUAACCUACCAUGCGGAUCAGUUGAAAAGAACCCUAUUCCCAACAAAAAUUUCAACCGUAAUUUUGGUAGCAACAGCCACUCAAACAUUUCCGGUGAUCAGUUCCUGACCUCCAGCAGAAAUAAUCAGAACUCCGGCGGGUUUCCAUCGUGGUUAACCUUUGAUCAAGGGGAUCACCAAGAGAUGGUGACGGCUGUGUGCAAGAACUGUCACAUGUUGGUGAUAAUGUGCAAGUCCUCUCCUUCAUGUCCAAAUUGCAAAUUUGUUCACCCACCAGACCACAGCCCUCCUAACCUGUUCAAGAAAAGAUUAAGUCUCCUACAUGAAGGAUUGCCUAAUGUUUAGGUAUUUACCAUCACUUUGUUUCUGUACACCUGACGCUGCUUUUCAGAUCCCGAAAUGAUAGGAAACUCGUAUGGUAGAUGUUGUAAUUAUUUCAAUUUGUGCUCUCUAGAAAAUUAGAAGCCUUACUUGGGUAACUUCUGUUCUUCCCCCUUUUCCUGAGAAAAAUGAGUGUGUUUGUUCAAUGGAGAGAAAGGAAAACAAACUGACUGAUUUAUGUAAAAAUAUAUAUAAUACAAGCAAAUAUAUAUCCUAUAAUGAUAUGUGUAAAUAAG